AUGACGGGAUCGGUGAUUUACGAUCCGCUUUUCGAUUUAGUUUUGCGUUUCCGCAAAAAUGCCGUCGCUCUCGUUGUAGACAUCGAAAAGAUGUACCUGCAAGUAAAGAUUCAUCCCAACGACACUCCUCUACAACGUAUUCUGUGGAGAUUUUCGCCAGUGCCGGUUGCGACGUAUGAAAUGGGUAGAGUCACGUUUGGAUUAGCUCCCUCCUCGUUUCUUGCAACGCGGUGUUUGCAUCAGUUGGCAGAAGACGAAGGUGAUCAUCAUCCACGAGCGAAGGUUGCGCUCGUCAGCGAUUUCUACGUCGAUGAUUACAUCGGGGGAACGAAUUCAGUGCAGGAAGCCUUAUUGUUACGGCAGGAUUUGGAGCAGCUGAUGCCUAAAGGAGGUUUUAAGCUGCGAAAAUGGGUUUCCAACGCUAAAGGUGUGUUGGAAGGUCUUCCGGUGGACGAGUUAGGGACCCAGCCUACGCUCAAUUUCGACCAAGAACAGGUGAAGGCGCUAGGAAUUCAUUGGAAACUAGGACCGGAUUUGUUGGGCAUUGAUGUUUCCAAUCUCGCUGCAAACGGGCCGUGGACAAGGCGCAAGGUAUAUUCCAUCAUCGCUCAGCUAUGGGACCCUAGCGGUAUCACGGCUCCAGUCAUCUCUUGGGCCAAGAUUCGUAUGCAGCUAUUGUGUGUAGCAGUGCAAGGUUGGGAUGAUCCUUUAUCCCACGAUUUAGCGCUUAGAUGGUGCGAGUUCUACCAACAACUACCUGUUCUCUCAGACAUCCAGGUGGAACGACAUGCUUUCACCAAGCAUCCCAUGCUAGUCCGGUUUCAUAUCUUUUCGGAUGCUUCGGAGGUUGCUUACGGAGCGUGCAUAUAUGCCCGUUUGACAGACCUAGUUGGACACAUCAAAGUGGAGCUUUUAGCACCCAAAUCCCGACCAGCCAGCCUGAAGAAGACGACUCUAGCGAGGCUAGAACUUUGCGGCGCUCAUGUGGCCGCAAAACUGUACCGUGCUACCGUUAAAGCUUUGAAGAUGGAGGAUACUGAAACAUGGUUUUGGUCGGAUUCUACCGUUGUCCUGUCAUGGCUCAAGCUACCGCCUUACGUUUGGCCAACUUUCGUUGCAAAUCGCGUCUCGCACAUCCAGGAGCUAACGAAGGGACACCGAUGGAACCACGUUAAGGGCGUUGAGAAUCCAGCCGACCUCGUCUCAAGAGGAGUGAUGCCAAAAGAUGGUUGUCUCUACUCGAUCAGCACUGGAAUACCGCUAAGCAUUUGGAGUACGAGGCGCCAUCGGAAGAACUGCUGGAGAAGAAAAAAAACGUUCUGGUUGUGGUUGAGCCCCAACAUCCUCAUCCACUGCUUGAUCGAUACUCCUGCUACUGGAAACUGCUGCGGAUCACUGGUUACUGUUUGA